AAAAUACACAUGAAUCCCAUUUUCUUUCUAUUGUUAUCUUCAAAUCUUUCUUCAAACCCACCAAAAAAAAAAAAAGAAGAAAACCCAUUUCUCUAGAUCAUGUCUUUCAUAUCUUGAAAUAUCUACACAAGAAAGAUUGUAAUGAGCAAUAAGGAUCUUGAGCUUGCAGUACAGAUUAUAAUUAUGGCUAUUGUAAUAUCAGUAAUACUAUUAUUUCUGGGGAUUGGGUUAUUAGUACUAAUUCAUGCUUUUAUUAUUGGAAGAAGCUCUAGAAAUAGUUCUCGUAAUGAAAGAGAAGAUCUCGAAAGAAGAAAUAGGUCUCAAGAAGAGUUACAGAAGCUUCCAAGCUAUGAUUUUACAAAUAGCAAAGGAAGUAGCCCAAUAGAUUGUGCUGUUUGCUUGGAUAAUUUCAAGAUUGGUGAUAAGUGUAGGUUAUUGCCUAUAUGUAACCAUAGUUUUCAUUCUCAAUGUGUAGAUUCUUGGCUUUUGAGGACACCCAUUUGCCCAAUUUGUAGAACAAGCACUUUUUCUGAUUCAAGAAGGCAAGAAAGUAGUAAUUUUAGUGACAGUGUUGAUGUUAGAGGGAGCCUUUCUACAGAUAGUAAUUAUUUUAGUGAUUUGAGUAUUGAUCAGUUAAGAGAGGGGCAACCAUCAAUGGAGGAGUUGAGGCAGAAUGAAGGAGAAGAAAGCAACCAAGAAAAUUCUAAUGGUGGAAUGGAACUAAUACAUGCAGACAACCAGAUCAAUUUGGUUGUAACUCAGUUGAACCAGACCAAUUCACUUGAUUCCACAUGUGAGCUUCCUUUAUGAUAUUUUUCUUUCUGGGAACAUUAAUUGUUGUAUAAUUAUCCGAAUUUUUCUUUUUUUUUUUUUAUGACAGUGAAUAUUUAUUUUGUAAUGUAAUAGCUUAAGGAUUAAAUAAUAGUAAAAAUAAUA